AAUGUGGAGAAAACUGUCCAGAUUACACCACAGCAACACUUGUGCAGCUCUAUGCUGUCUCUCACUGAUCAUUUUACUGUGCGACCUGGGUGAUUGCAUAUUGGGUCAUGGAAACGUUUUGAUAUUUCUGACAGCUAUAACUGCAUGGAUAGUCGCACAGUGUCUCUAUGCUCUACUUGAAGUAUCUUCUUACAGGAAGAUUCUCCAUGGAAUUUCAGCCUGUUUAUGGUUUCUUUGCUCUCUAGUCAGGCUGUUCUCGCUCAUCACUAUUCUAAGCUCGCAAGGUUUCAGUCUCAAUCGUGUAAAUAUGUUUGUUUGCAUCACUUUGGUCAUCAUUUUCUCGGUGCUCAGCCUUCUAGAUAUUUCAGCAUACAUCACAGAAGCUGAAUUUCCUUCCAAAAAGAGUAAUCCUGAUGAGCAUAUAAGCUAUCGGUACAAUUUCGCAAAUUGGUGGUCAAAACUCUCCUUUUAUUGGUUAAUGCCAUUGCUAAUCAAAGGAUUCAAGGAGCCUCUUGAACUCGAAGACCUUGGUCAGUUACCCGAAGAAGAGCGUAUUCAGUAUCAGUUCAAACGAUUCACGAAUGUGUAUUACUCCCUAAAGAGUACGUACACCACUCACAAAUUUUUGCUGUGGAAGUGCUUUGUCAAGUUAUAUUCUCGCUCCUUUGUGUAUGGUGGUAUCCUGAAACUAGUUGGAGAUGCUGCUGGUUUAAUUGGACCUCUUGGUAUGGCAGGAAUACUGAAAUACAUCGAGGAUAUUGGAAAAUCAAGUCAAAUACCAUCUGAAAAAGCGAACAUAAAACAACAAGUGAUGUCUUUAACCUUCUCGGAAUUUUUAAGAAAUGGUUACGUCAUGGCCAUCAUUGUGUUGCUCAGUGCCAUCGCUCAGGGUAGCCUUUCACAGGCUAGUACUCAUAUUCUGAACACUGAAGGAAUUCAUCUUAAAAAUUCUUUACAGGCAUUUAUUUAUUACAAAAUAUUGAGAUCCAGGAAGAUUGCCGAUAAUGACUCAGACUUUGAGAAAAAUCAAGGAAAUAUAACUAAUCUGGUAUCUGAGGAUUGUUACAAUAUUAUGUCUUGCUACUGGAUUGGAAAUUAUGUCUGGGCAAUCCCUGUUAAGAUUUUUGUCUUGAUUACUCUCCUGUACUAUGAAAUUGGCUUCAGUGCUAUCAUCGGAGCAUUAUGCUGUAUCCUCAUUGUAAUUCCUCUUCAGUUCCUGAUUGGUAGAAAUAUGUCAAGCAACUCCAAAUUGAUCAUGGAAGCAAGUGACAAGAGAAUGAAAGAAAUCAAUGAAUCAUUGCAGGGAAUAAAGUUGUUGAAGCUCCGUGGCUGGGAGGACAAGUUUUAUGAGAAGAUUUCAAUAAGCAGAGAUGCAGAACUCAACUACUUAAAUAAAGACUCUUUGUAUUGGGCAUUAAUGACUUUUCUCACUCAUGCAUCAUCAGUCCUCAUAGCCCUUCUAACUUUUGGAAUAUACUCAUUGAUUGAAACAGUCCCGCUCAUGCCAAGCAAUGUCUUUGCUGGCCUUGCACUAUUUAAUCAGCUAACAGUUCCCCUGUUCAUUUUUCCCAUCACUGUUCCCAUCAUCAUCAAUGCCAUCAAUAGUGUUCGAAGGAUAGAAGAAUUUUUAUCUUUACCAGAAGUCAUUUCUUCGCAUAAAAAGAGAGGUGAUGGAGUAAAUGAUGUUUUCGAAACCCUGGAUGCCAUGAAUUUUAGCCAAACAAAGGUCAUCAUCAAUGGAGAAAGCACUGAAAUUUUAGCCAAUAUUUUAGAAAUCAAUGAAGAUGGUGAUGAUGAUUUCCUCACAAGAGUAAGGAGUGGAAAUUCAUUGUCAAACAGUGACCGCACACAUGUCAAUAGUGCAAUGGACUUGGAAACUUUGAAACACCCCUAUUUGAAGCAGAUACCAUAUCUACAAAAUAUUAGAGAGUCCAAUGAAAGUAUCGAUAAAAUCAGUAAUUCGUCCCUAAGUGAAUCGACCACAUCACUCCAUUCACAUGAAAUUCCUCACAAAACUCACGAAAUCCAAAAUACUGAGAAUCAAGCCAAGAUGCGGACAACAUCUACAGAAGUACAAAAAGAUACGAGUGUGAUUUUUGUUCAAAAUGCAGAGUUUUCAUGGGGAGAUUCAAGCAAAGCUACUCUUUAUGUCAAGGAUCUUGUCAUUCCAAAAGGCCAAUUAACAGUCAUACUUGGAAACAUAGGGAGUGGCAAAACAUCCCUUCUGGCAGCCCUGUUGGGUGAAAUGGAAUGUACCUCAGGUUGUAUUCAAUGGCAGGCGGGGUUGUCUGUCGCCUAUGUAUCUCAAAAACCAUGGCUUCUCAAUGCUACUCUGCGGGACAAUAUUUUGUUUGGUCGACGAUACCGCCAUCACCGUUUCCAGAAAGUCAUUGCCUCAUGCGCACUCCAACCAGAUAUUGAAAAUAUGCCUGCUAAAGACUUAACUUUACUUGGAGAAAAUGGAGUUUCUCUCUCAGGAGGACAGCAGCAACGUAUUGCAAUUGCUAGAGCAAUUUAUUCAAGAGCUCAAGUCAUCAUCAUGGAUGAUCCCUUGUCUGCUCUGGACCAUAAAAUGGCAAAAUAUAUUUUUGAAAGGAGCAUCAAGAAACUCUCAAUUCACCAUAACAGAACUGUAAUUCUGGUCACCCACUCUCUCCAUCUUUUACCCACCAUUUAUCACUAUAUAAUAAUGGAGGAUAACCGAGUAGCCAUAUGUGGGAAGAAAAGUGAUGUACACAACUUCAAAAAUCAAGUCAUUAACUCGGAAGCUCUGCUGAACAAAGGUUCUCGGAAACGCACAGCUACAGAAAGAUGGCAUUUGUUAAAAUUAAUCUCUAAACUCAGUUUCCACCAGAGGCAGACAAUCAGCAUUAGCAAUAUUUGUCAGAGCUCAAGUAGCAUGAGCUCUCGGCAGUUUGUCCCUUUUCGGAAACGUCUCGGAACUUUCUCUGGGUCAAGAUAUUUUGCUCAUGAUCUCCUACUGCCUACAGACGAAUGUAAUGAAGAUGACAAAACAGAAUGGAUGGAUUUUAAAAAAUGGAGAGAUUCAAUCAUGAGCAGUAAUCAUCACAAAGUUAUAUCAAGAUGCACUUCUCUUCAGGCAGAUCAGUUCAAUCAAUGCUCAUUAGUUUUAAGACAGUCCUCCUCUUCAAAUAUUCAACCGAUUGCCCUACGACCGAGAGUAAAUACCUAUGGUUCAUCAUUUGGUCAUGGCAGUUUACGCCGAAAAAUUCUGAGAAAACAUUUUGCAUUCAACCAAUCAAAAGGGCUGGGAAAAACAGCAUUUGGAGAAAAUAAUAACCACUCGUUGCUGCAAAGAGCUCCAUCUGCUGCCUCAGAAUGGAGUGAAGAUUUUAGUGAGGAGGAUGAUACCAAUAACUUUCAUGAUGAUAGUUCUUCUUGGAAUAAAACUCCAACUUCCGAUUCAAGGAGCUAUGGAGAAAUAUCUCAUGAAAUCUAUUGGACUUACGUAAAGGCUUGUGGAUUGUCCAUAAGCGUUCUAUUUCUUAUAAUCACAGUGAUUUGGCAGGCUCUAAAGGUUUACACUGACUUUUGGCUAAGUUACUAUUCAGAGGAUAAUUCUGAGCAGGCAUGGAGCUAUCUCUCAGCGUACGCCUUUCACUCCAUAGGAUGUGUUGUAUUGUCUUUCGCCUCCAUCGGAUUAGGACAAUACGGCGGAGCUGUGGCCAGAAAAAAAUUGCACAAUGAACUUUUAUUCAAUCUUCUUCACUGUCAUGUUUACUUUUUUGAAGUUACACCAUUAGGCAGAAUCAUAAGUCGAUUCUCCAAUGACAUCGUCAUCUUAGACAAAAAAUUAGCAACAUCAGUUCAACGCCUUCUCCAAUUUCUUCUUCUAUGUUUCUCUGCCAUUGUUGUGAAUUGCAUAGUCUCUCCAUGGUUUUUGGUAGUUGCAGUGCCUAUUUGUAUGGUUUAUCAUUUUAUUCAAAAAUUUUAUCGCCGAUCCUCCAGAGAAUUACAAAGGUUGGAGAGCAUAACAAGAUCGCCAAUUAUAUCUCAUCUUGUCGAGACAGUUCGUGGUGUGGAUACAAUUCGAGCUUAUGGCCAAGAGAACUAUUUCAUAGCAGCUUUUUUUCAUAAACUGAAUAUAUACACCAAUGCUUUUAUCAUUCAUAACGCAGCAAAUCGUUGGCUGGGUCUAGUACUCGAUUAUUUGGGAGCCGUUAUUGUCUUCACUGCAAUGAUUAUGUCCUUAAUAUCUGCAUCCUUCUUUCCAAAAAUCGUGUCAUCAUCCUUAGUUGGCUUGGCUAUCAACUACACUCUUCUAGCUCCUAUUUAUUUGAACUGGGUCGUCAAGUUUUUAGCAGACAUGGAAAUGAACAUGGCAGCAAUUGAGAGAAUUUUAGAAUUUGCAUCUGAACAGCCGGAGAAUUAUAAGUCAAAGAAAGCUCAGAUCUCACGACUUUGGCCUUCUAAAGGAGAUAUAAAUUUCGAGAAUGUAACAAUUUUCCACCCAGAGAAUGACCAACCAACCAUCAAAUCACUCAAUUUACAUAUCCAUGCGGGUCAAAAGGUUGGAGUGUGUGGACGAUCUGGUAGCGGUAAAACAUCUCUUAUAAUGUCGCUCUUUCGAAUGGCAAAUAUUAAAGAAGGGAGAAUUUUAAUCGAUGAUGAAGAUAUUUCAGAAAUACCUUUGAAACAAUUACGUUCAAAGUUAGCUGUUAUUCCACAGGAUGUACUCAUGUUCAGUGGCAGUAUUAGAGAAAAUCUUGACUUGCUCAAUCAGUAUACAGAUGAACAAAUUUGGAGAGCUUUGGAAAUGGCUCAGUUAUCAGAUUUUGUACAGCAACUUCCCAGUAAAUUAGACAGCUUAGUUAAAGAGGGAGGUUUCAAUUUUAGCAUUGGUCAAAAACAGUUGUUUUGUCUAGCACGAGCCAUUCUGCAGGAUUCAGUCUGCUUGAUAAUGGAUGAAGCAACAAGUUCUCUAAGUCCUGCUAUUGAACCAAAACUUCUCGCCUCUGCUGAAGAAGCCUUUGCCAACAGAACUGUAUUGUCCGUUACGCAUCAUUUGUCAAGUGUUAUGUCAUACGAUAGAAUUAUUGUCAUGGACUGUGGAUCAAUUGUUGAAGAGGGAUCUCCGUCUCAGCUUCUCUCUCGCCCUCUUGGAUUUUUCUCAUCAAUGUUAAGAGCGUCUCAGCAAAAUACUUCAUCAGAAUUUGAAGACAUUAAAUCAUUUCAGAACAGCAUCCCAAAUUAACGAAUCUGAAGUGCCCUGAAUAUCUGUCAAAAAUAAUUGAUGUUUUCUGUUUAAAUAAAGUCUAUUUUCCUCCA